CUGUGUUUACAGGCUCUCAUUCCUGGACCUGACCGUGGAUACGAUACUUCCUCUCCCACAGCUGUAGGCUCCUUACCUUGCGACGUGGAGCAACAAAGCAUCUCCACUCCUUUGACUACCGAGCCUCACCAUCCAGUCGAGGCCACUACUGUCCAGCAACUAGUCACAAACCUUGUCCCUUCCACUGACAUGUCACCGUGUGUUAGCCCUGCCGGGUCGUUUAUGCAUCCGGAAUCUCAUUUAAUGGAGUUGCGAAACCGACAUAAUUUUUCUCUAACGAAUACAACAAGCACGUUAUGA